AUGUCUCCCGCAGAUUCGACCUUCACUGGGGAAGACCCAUCACAGAUGAAUACUCCUACUAGUACUGUUGGUGUUCUAUCGCCACUCAAUCCAGCCUCGUCGAUGUUGGGGGAUGGUGGACAGGCUCUAAACUCGUCAAAUGGUGUUCAAUAUAUGAAUCAUUCAGCUGGCCGUACAACUAGCUUUGACCCUCGACCGUCACACCUCAGUAUCACUACUCAACUUGCUGAGUCCCGACCAGGGUCUGCUUUGAGUGUUGCCAGACAGUCAUUACCCCCAACUGGUCUGUCGAUCUCUACCAGCGCUGCUCAAGCCUCUCAUAUCUCUGCAAAUUUAAGAGACAAUGCUUCCCACGUUGGGUCAUAUCCAGAUCCCCCAGGAGCACGAAGAGCAGCAUCUGCUGGUGCUGUUUCCUCUCAUGGAUCGUCCAAUCAAAGUCUUGAUGGUUCCCUUUCUCGGUCAUCCUCUAGACAACGAGGCUGGCAUCCGGGAAUGCCUUUACCUGGUCCUCCACCAGGACCGCCUCCCCCAUCUUCAAGGUCCCACAGCACUGGUGGUGUUCGGACUCAUGCCCAAUCUCAAAGUGCUGGUCAAAGCAGCCGUCCUUCACACCGUGUUCCACUGAGGGCCCCCUUACUUAGUCCACUUCCUCCGACGCCCGCAAAUUGGCGAGAUGGUUCGACCUCCCGGUCUAGCUCCAAAGCUCCAGUUCCACUUCAUAUCGAGACCACAAACCUUGAGAACGCAACGUCGCAGCAGAUGGGGCUCAGUCGUAGCGCUGCUCUACGAGUUUCGUCUGCAAAAGGUCUUUUAGAACGACGCAAGAAUCGACGCAGUAUGCACGAUGCACCACUAGCGGAUUGGAGCGCUCUGACUAUUGAAACCGACCCGUGGCUUGACGCUGUAAGCCCAACAGGGUUCAGUCCGGAGCAGUCUCCAAUUUUGGACUCUAGAGCUCCGGGCAUGAGUCCGGAAUCAAGCCGACGGAGAAUGGCAUCUAGCAGGAGGUCAACUCAGACAUCUAACGAAGAGCAGUCAUCGUAUGCACCACAAUUUGCCAUGAAGUCCAACAAUCCAUUUAGCCCUAGGGUGGCGACGCCUAUCAUGCCACCAAGGACUCUCCCAACGCCUCCACUGAGUCAGAAAAACCCUGCAUCUGCUCAUAGCAUGCUACCAUCCACAGCCUCCUCAGUAUCCGACUUACUUCACGGCGAGACCGAUUCUUUCAUCGCCGAUGCUUCACGCCGGCAUCACGAGUUUCUGCUGCGAGAAAGUCAAGCCGGUAGUGACUUGGAGCGGUUGCAAUUGUUUACCCAAUUCUUUGCAUCAGAGGCCAAGUUGAGAAGAGCAAAGUACCCAGGGCCAUUCGUAGAGGGCACCUUGAAAGUGAGCGGUGCAAGCCAACGGCUAUUCGAGGAAUUGCUUGACGACGUCAGUUUGGAAGCCUUCAAGAGCCCUGUUACUACUGGCAAAGAACGAUCGUCAUUCAAUGGACUUCGAAUUGACCCUCCUCAACGUCCAGACACAAUGUGGUGGAACGAUUAUCGCCCAGCUCUAUCACCCAUCGCGAGCAUGAGUAACGAUGAACUUAGUUCACGUGGCCGUACUGCGAGCCGUUGGUGGCAAUCUCAAACUGCGGAGACCAAUUCAGAAGCAAACGGUGCGCCGAAGAAAAUGAAGCGAUCAAAACGAGAAUCUAAAUAUAUGGGAUUGUCGGCACUGUCUGUCGAGGAAGUCCUUUCGGAAGCGGCAACUCCCACAAGGCUCGAUCAAAUACUUGAAAGCGGCGAUACCUACCCUCAGGAGAAGGUCAAUUCAGAUGCAUUUGGCAUAUUUGAAGACCAAGAGCCUGUACUACAUUUCGAUCGAGCGAACAGUUUUCCAAUGAGCCCUCAAGCCGUGGACAUCUCCCGUUUUAUCACUCUUCCGCCGCCGUAUCCACGUCACUAUCCAGCAGUAAAUAACAGUCACCCGAAAUUAGCAGCCUCACGGAAUUUAGUUCGUACACUGAGCGAUCUAACAGAGCUCGAAGACCGUAGGUCUCGUGUCAAUGUCAGCGUGGAAGCCUUGCGGACAGAACAUAAACGGAAAAUUCGAGAAGCACAGCGAACAUUCAAAGAAAAUAUACAUGCACAGAUCAGUGAGGGCAGCAUCACCUAUGCUGAAGCGGCAGAAGCUGAACAAGCAUUAAAAUUGGACGAAAAUAAACAAGAGAAGAUCUGUCUACAGGCAGAAUUCGACACAUUACAAGAUGUAUUAAUCAACCCUAUGCAUGAUCUGUUGAAUGCGCGGGUUGAGCAGCUCAAUGCAGGUAUUGUCGAGUUGAAAGAGAAGUUAUUCGCCGAGACGCAAGCACAAAAUCCUGAUCGACCUCAGCAAGAAGGAGAUGCCAUGCCGGAAAUCCUGGAAUAUCUAACACAGCUCAAAUGGCUAUUUGAGACCCGAGAGCAUGCUCAUCAGGAGUUAUUCAACCUCCUCAGUGACCGCAAUGAGAAGUACAAGGCCAUUGUCUUACUGCCCUACCAUCAAGUCUCCCAUAUGGAAAAGAUACGAGAUACCGAGGAGUUCUUCCACCGCGACAGUCUACAGCGCAAGAGGGUAUUCCGGGAUGAAUCUGUCGCACGAUAUCAGACACUCCGCCAAUUGGUUGCAGAGCAUGUUGCGCAAGAGGUGGAACUGCAGUCCUCGGCGUUCUGGGAUAUUGCACCGGGGAUCCUCGAUUUGAUUCAGAGAUUGCCGGAUGGGGUCAUCCCAGCGGGGGCCAUUGCAAUUCCGCAGGCCGAAUAUGAAGAGAAUCCAUCCUAUGUUGAUUUCCCUCAACAAUACCUCUACACACUGCUCGACCAUGCAGAGAAAUCAACCUACCAGUUCAUCGAAUCACAAAUCAACUUAAACUGCUUACUUCAUGAAGUGAAGCUUGGAGUAUUGAAGGCACGGUGCCGAGCAGCAGAGGCGAUUCAAGCGCAAAACAGCGUGAACGGUACCAGCCGCUCUGCUGAAGAUCCGAGGGAAACUUGUGACAACGAAGAAGCACAGGCGACCAAUGAGUUGAAGCAGCAAGUGACCAUGAUCGAAGAACAGUGGAUGGAAGCACUGGGUGCUGCGUUGCAGAACAAGAAAACGCAGGUGAAGCUUGACCUCGAGACCGUGGGUGGCUGGGAUGAGUCUAUCCAGGCUGCUGAAUAG